AAAAGCAACAUGGCUGACAUUCUACUGAAGUCUGUUCCAUUCGUCCUCGACUUUCUUGAUAUAGACAAUACAGACAUCCUACAAUCAGGUAUUUUGAGUGACAGUUCCUAUGAUGAUGACAUAAUUGCUGUAAUUAUCCAUGCAAUGAAUCGGAGAGCGUCUGAGAAUGGAACAGAGCACUAUCCCAAGACAAACAGACACGCGAGGGUCGUGCCUAUUUACAGAUUCUGCAGCGAAGAGGACUACAGAAGGCACUUUAGAAUGAGCAAGGCGAUGUUUGAAGAGUUACUGAAAACACUUGAAAAUCAGACAGAUUUGCAGCAGUCUACAAGUGUGGGCGGGCGACCAGAAUUAUCGACAGAAAUGAGACUCUACAUCACCUUGAAUUACUUAGGUAGUCGCAAAAGUAUGAGGCAACUGGCUAAGAUUUAUCAGGUUAGUGAAAGUUCAGUUUUGACAUCUGUGAGGAAAGUCGUUUCUGCAAUCUAUCAGGUCAUGCAAACGUUCAUAAAAUGGCCUGAAUCUUCAAGACUGUCAAACAUAGCUGAAAACUUUAGCCAACAAACUGGAAUGCCGCGAGUGGUUGGUGUGAUAGAUGUCUCACAUAUUCACGUGAGGGCACCUGUGGCCCAAAAAGACUACUACACAAAUCUAAGAGGGAAGCUUUCAAUCAUACUUCAGGCAGUCUGUGAUCAUAAAAUGAAGUUUCUACACUGCUGCACAGGCUGGCCUGGGUCAGUGGACGAUGCAAGUGUUUUUCAUGAUUCCGAUUUAUAUAUGGAUGUAAUGACCAACCAAUCAAAAUUCUUUCCUCCUGGGCACUACCUGGUUGCAGAUUCAGCUUACCCCCUUCAAGACUGGCUACUGACUCCCUUUGAUGAAAGUGAAAAUUUGAAUGAGUCUCAAGUGAAAUUCAAUCAAACCCACAAAGACACUGGAGAAGUGAUACAGAGAGCAUUUGCACAUUUGAAGGCAAGGUUUCCCAGACUCUAUUACAUUGAUAUGGUGGACAUGGAAGACAUUGUAAAAGUGAUAUUAGUUUGCUGUGCCCUUCACAAUUACUGUCAUGAGAAAGGUGAUGUUGAGUUGUUCAAAGAUACUGAAACAAACGAAGAGGAGACUGCUGUUCACGAUGCAGACUUCAACACUCACAGGGAGGAGGGGAUUGUCAGGAGAAUUGAGAUCACUCAGAUUAUUGCUUCUCCACAGAAAUAAUUCAAGUCAUGUGUGAACAUUCAGAAAAUGGGUUGGUCAAGUUAUCACUAAUAUCAGACAUAAGACACAAAUUACCAGUGCAAUCCUUAGUGCAAAUGCAGAUGUGCAUAUUAUAACAUAUUGGGAAGAAUCCAUGUCUGAAAAACAAAAUAGUGUGUUGUGUCAGACUUUGAUAAAUGCAUCAAGUGUUAUUGCUGUUAAUGGUACAAGGAAAUAUCAAAUAAAUACAA